AUGAAGAAUUUGAAGAAAGAAGGAAAAAUUUUGUCUAUUGCCAAAGGUUGUGAAGUAGAAGUAUCUCUUCAAGAAGAUGGAUUCAAAGGUUCUUGGUUUAGAGCUAUCCUCGAGCAAAAUCCAACGAGAGUGAAAGGAGAAAAGCUUCGGGUUUGUUACAAAACUUUGCUCCACGAAGACGGUGUAAAUCCUUGCAAGGAAACUAUUGAAAGAUGUUUUAUUCGGCCGGUCCCGCCAGAGUGUAUGAAUGAGGGUGUCGUAUUCAAGGAAGGGUCGGUGGUGGAUGCUUAUUUUAAUAAUGGUUGGUGGACUGGUGUUAUCGUAGUUGAAAGGUCAGAUGGUAGUUUUUUUGUUUACUUUGAUGAACCACCAGACAUAAUGAGAUUCAUCAGAAGCCAACUGAGACCUCAUGCUGAUUGGAUCGGCUAUAAAUGGGUCAAAAGCAAAAACAAGGUAUUGAGUCAACAAAUAUUUAGAACAGGGAAGUUGGUGGAAAUGACCCGUGAAAUUAGUGACAGUGAAAAGGAAAAAAUUGGGCCAUCUCCUCCUCGAGAUCUUUGUGCAGAGUACAGUCUGAACCACAUUGUUGAAGUGGUUGUUACACAUGGGUGGCGCAAAGGUCGAGUGACGGAAAUUUUCAUUGAAAACAAUUACAAAGUGUAUUUCGAUGCCACAAAAGAGGAUGCGGUUUUUAAUUACACUGAGAUUAGGAUGUCAAUGGAGUGGCUAGGUGGUGUUAGUUGGAUUCACGCACGUAAGAGAGAAUUUGGAAAUAAUGCUGCCACACCAAUCAGAUCCGCUCAAGAGAGCCCUAGUAACACACUUGUUUUAGAAUUCAAUGAAGAUGAUACGGUGAAUGAUGAUGCCACCGAAAUCACAUCCUCUCGAGAGAGCCACAGUAACACUUCUGGUUUAGAAGCCACUGAGACUGAAAAACAAAACCAUGAAACCGUAGAUGGAGUGGAGUUACCAUUGCCUCAUGAAUCAGAUGAUAUGAUGGAUGAUGUAGCCACUCCAAUCAUAGACCCUCAAGAGAUACCACGAGGGCUUAUAGGGAUUUAUGAAGAUUUAUGA